GAGGAUGCGGUUCAGCGUGGCGCCGGCGCCCGGCGACAGCGGCUUCAGCCAAUGGCGCGACGCCAUGCGCAUGGUCGCGCGCCUGCCCGGCGGCAUCCCGCCAGACUUCCGCCGCAGGCUGUGGCUGACGCUGGCCGAGCGGCACCUGGCGGCCCGCGGCGUGGACUGGGCGCGCGCCCACCGCCUCUGCUUCAACGAGUGGAGUAACCCGGACGACGAGGAGCUGGGCGUCCAGAUCGUCAAGGACCUGCACCGCACGGGCUGUUCGCUGUUCUGCGGCGCAGAGGCGGAGCAGAACCAGGCGCUGCUGAAGCGGGUGCUACUAGCCUACGCGCGUUGGAACAAGGCGGUCGGCUACUGCCAGGGCUUCAACAUGCUGGCCGCGCUCAUACUGCAGGUCAUGGACCGCUCCGAGGCUGACUCCGUCAAGGUGAUGAUCUUCCUGGUGGAGGGCGUGCUGCCGGAGAGCUACUUCGCCAACAACCUGCGCGGCCUGUCGGUGGACAUGGCCGUCUUCCGGGACCUGCUGAGCCGCCGCCUGCCCGCCCUCUCCCGCCACCUCGACCGUCUGCAGGUCGCCGCCAACGACGCCUCCUCAGGUACGAGCUACGAGCCGCCGCUGACGAACGUGUUCACGAUGCAGUGGUUCCUGACGCUCUUCUCCAACUGCCUGCCGCAGCCGGCCGUGCUGCGCGUCUGGGACCUCAUCUUCCUCGAGGGCAACGAGGUGCUCCUGCGGACGGCGCUCGCCAUCUGGGACGGACUCGCCGACCGCAUAUUGGCAGUCAACAGUGCUGAUGAGUUCUACAGCAUCAUGGGUGUUCUCACACGAGAGAUGUUGGAAUUUGGACUGAUGGAUACCAACAAUCUUGUUAAGACUGUAGUGAAUCUUGCACCAUUUCCAUUCCCGGAGCUGAAUGAAUUGCGGGACAAGUACCUGUACAAUAUAACACCUUGGACACAGAGUGUUUCCACUGCAGCUAAAAGAGGUCUAAAGAUAUUUUAUAGUGAUGAUGAUGAUGAAACAGAUGAGGAUGAUGAGAAGAUUGCAGUAGCUGCUGCGUAUGGCAUUUCAACUGUUUUCAGGUCACCAAGGAGAAAAGAUGGCACCCAACGUGAACAGACAUCUUCAAGUUUAUCAGCUCUGAACUAUUCAGGGACAGUGCCUGACAGAGAAAGACUUGCAUUAGAUAUCUCAGCACUGAAGCAGCAAUACGCCAAGUUACGUGAGCGGCAGAGGCAGGCACACAUAAUACUUACAGCGGCCUGCACAAGACAACCACUGGGUCCCACCUCAUCAACUCCAGUUGCAAUGAAUCAUUUGUUGCUGGGAAAGAGUGCACUGAUGAGCAUGAAGGGCCGACGGGUUGGGCCACUACCGGGGGCCGUUCCACCUCCUGUCAACCUGAAAGCUACACGGCCUGCCACCAAACCACCUGUCAAAGAGAAGCCAACAAAACCGUCCAGUGAUCUCCUGUCACCUCAGUCACAACUUGCAAAGGAUGAAGGGGAAACGCUGCACUGGAAAGAUGCUGCAAGUUACAAGAAACCAAAAGCUGUUAAUAUUACAUCCAGUUCUAUGGAUGAAAAGAGCCGUGACACUGAGGCAGAAGCUGACAUUCCUGAGGUGUCGAGAGAUCUGGAAGAUGACAAACAAAGCGACAGCAGUUCAUCUACAGAACUGUGUGAUGAACCUGAUAGGCUGAGUGACUUUGAUUCAGAGGAAGCAACCAGUCUCAGUGAAGCAUCAUCCUAUGUGUCUGGUCAUUCUCUUUCUGUGCCACUUCCAUGCAAAAAAGAUGGAUCAAUGAGGAGCCCCAAGAAUAUGCAGUCACCAUUGAGUGAGAAAGCCCCAUCCCCUAUCAGCACACAGAAAAGCCUCAUAUCUCCUGUGGAAGAAGAAAUUGUGCCAGAAAUUCCAGAAGAGGUUGUAAGUGUCUUUCCAAUGGAGGAACUGAAAAUCCAAGCAGAACAGCAAGAGUUAGAGAAUGGUGGUGUGAUACACACAAAAACUGAGAGUCAGCUGACAGUAUCAACAGAAACUGGACACCUGCAGAGUGUACUUCCAGUUGCUACUGAUGGAGAUGACUUAAUGGUAAAGUUAACGGUGCAAGAUAGUGUUAAAAGUGAAAAAUCAGUCACCAUAAAUGGAAGCAACAAGUAUUUUCACAGUUUAGAGACUGUUACAUUUUUAGAAAGGAACUUAAUAAAUUCAGACAUAUUAAAAGUACCUGAGUCAACAAGUGAUAAAACAAUAAUUUCACAAGACAUCAAGGAAAAUUUCCAAGAUACCUCCAAUGUUGAAAUCCUUCCAAGUAUCAUUCAGAUUUCACACGAGGCAUCUGAAAACGAAGAACUGGAUAUUUCAUCUUCAAGGAUGCAUAGUAUUAAGGAGUCAGAGCCGUAUGUAACGACAGCCACAGGCGACAAUAUUUUUUCAUCUGUGAUAUUGGAAACAAAAAAGACUGAAAAUUUAAGUACAGACAUGGAACAAAUCUUUCCAGAAACUAGUACAGUUCCUUCUAUUGUUACUCAAUCCAUAGAUAAAGACAUUAUUUCCUCAAAAGAUACCUCAGCAAGUGAUUCUAAAUAUAUUCUUGAACCUAGUGAAAAAGGAAGAAAUGUUGAUUAUGAAGACAUGUCAGUCAUUCUGGAAUUCAAUCAGAGACUUCACGGGUUGCAUGACAAAGCAUUAAGCAAAGUUCCAGGGACUGAAGGUGAUAAUGAUUACCUGCAAAUGUCUGAACUUCUGGAGAUAGACCACAAGAUGCACUCAGGGCGUCGUAACAGUGAACGAGCAUUAAAAAUCAUACAAGAAAACUCUGAAAUUCUUCAGAGAAUACUGCAGUGUCAAAUGAGACGUGCAAGUAAGUUUUCAGAAGAAAGUUCAAAUGGUACAAAUGGUGUGUCAGAAGAUGACUCAGAUUCUGUGAAGGCACCAUCAGUGCCAUCAUCAACAAGUACUGAAAAUGUACCAUUUUUUCUAAGUGCCGAGUGUAAAAAGCUGAGUGAAAGUAUACUGUCAAAAACUAUAGUGAAUGACUCAUUUCAGGAACAUCAUACCUUAACAGAUGAGCACAAAGUUCCAAUUCCUGUAACUGUUUCUGCAGUGUCUAAAACUGAAUCUCAACCUGUAGAUGUCAUGACUAGUUUCCACAAUGAUAAACAAAGCCCAGUGCAUUUCAUCUCGUCUGUUCCGAUUAGUGCCUCUUACAGUUCUGACAGCACAGUUAAUCCAACUGCUCUUGAUGACAUAAAUUCCAAGAUUUUCCCACAGAAUACUGAGGCAACAACAUUUGACAAGGAAACAGGGAGAGAAAAAAGUUUUUCAUUUUCUUUCCCUUCUUCUAUACUUGCCUCUGAUGAAACACCCACAUCUCAAAAAGAAGAUAAACCAUUCUACACUGGUGAGGAGAACAGUACCAUGUCUAUGAGUUUUCCUGACACAACUUCAAAAGCAAGUGACAGUUCAACAGAUUUCAAAGUAAAGUCAUCCACUGUGGAGAGUGAAGAUCAUUCCAGUUUUUGGGGACUGUGGAACAUUUCCUCUACAAGUGAUGAGAGUUCCAUUGACAGCCAAAAACUAAUUAAAUCGUGUGCUUCACACAUGCUUAAAGAUGAUCAUUCAAGUUCAGAACGUAGUUUUAGACCUAUAAUUGUUCAUUCUUCAUCUAUCGAUAAAACAGGAUUUCGUGAUGAAAAGCUGCCUCGGCCUUUGUCAGAGGGUGAUUCCCAAGAUCCCCAUUACAGCAAUAUAGGUAGGAAAUAUGUUCCGACAAUAUCCACAGUAGACUGCCCUGUUGAAGAGCCUACACAGGUGUCAACAUCUGAAGCUUUACCGAGAAAACACUUUGAACAGUUUUCAUAUACGCGAAGUUUUGCUGUGAAAGAAACCCCUGUAACAGCCUCAUUUAGUCCUAAAAGUUCAGUUCUAGAUCUGAAACAUCCUGUGCAAGUAUCAGACAUGCACUCCAGUUUCUCGUCACAGCAAGAAAGUAGAAGCAUGUCCAGCUACAUCACUGAGAAACAUCAGCAACCUCUUGAAUCAACCCAAAGAAAACUUGCUUCCAUAGAGUCAGAGUUAGAAUUUCAGCCAGUAUUAACACAUUCACUGUCGGAAACCAGGGAAGAUGAAACUUCACACAGAAGUGGGAAAGAAAGUCGACCAUUGUCUCCUACUGUUACAGAGAUGCUAAAUCGAUCAUCGUCAUCAGGGUCACUACAAGGUAGUCGAUCCAAACUUAAGAAAGAUUUUGUUUCACCACCUCCAUCCCCUUUCCGCAGGUACACAUCACCUGUUAGAAAAACUUCAAGUCUUGAGCGUCCAGUGUCUUUACAUUUCUCUAAAGGAAGUUCAUCUUUUGAUUCUUCUGAAGAUGGUAAAAUGAGAUACAAAACUUCACCUUUGUACAAAUCUUUCAGUAUGCUUUCCGUAAAUGAAGCAGGUGAAAUACAGCACACACAAUAUGACAGUGCACCAAGGCAUAGGAAAAAAGACCCCUUGAGAAGACGAACGUCAACAGAUCUAUCUAUUUCUUUUUCAUCUACUAAAAGUAAGUCCCCAAAAGCCACUUCUCCAGUAUUCUCCCCAUCAAAACUUAAGGAGACAGGUGUUUCUUUCCCUCCAAUUAAGUCCUUACACCAGGCUGACAGUCCUACAAAAUCAGCAAAGUUCAGCCCAUUUCCAACAAGAGCAGGUUCAUGGCAGCCAAAAGAGCUUGGAAUAAAACUGGGCCUAUACUCUUCAACUGAGUCAUCUGGAAGAUCCUCCAACAAGAAGUUGUAAAAUAAACCAUAACAGAAUAUGUCUAAAAUGCUGUGAUGACUGACUUAGAGCACUAGUAUUUUGCAUGCAUGACAGGAACAAUUUCAGCCCGGAUGGUAUGAGACAAGUAUGCACAUGCGAAGCUUUAGGAUAACUAGGUCUGGUGCUAACAGCCCAGUAGUGUGAGUGCAUGCAGUCUUGAAUGCAAACAAUAACUAGUAUUGUGUUCCACUGUGCUUUAACACAGACUAGAGCUGCUGAACUUAUUUUUAAAUAAUUUUAUAAAUCAUAGUUACAGCCCUGUUGUUGCUGACAUUGAUACAAUGCCUAGUUUAUAUAAAUAUGUAAAAGUUGUUAAAUUAUUUAGACUGGAAAAUAGGAGAAUAUUUGAGUAUCACUGUCAGGUUGCGUGCAGUGUGUGCCUUAUUUCUCAAAGAAAAACAUAAAUUUGGAUUCUACAAAUAAUUUUGCACGUAUCAGUAUGUAACUUAAACAAUUUUUGUUGAUUUUUAACCAAAUUCAUAAUGUAUCUAAAAACAAAGAUGAUGUGACUUACCAAAUGAAAAUGCUGGCUGGUCGACAGACACACAA